ACCGUUACAACAGCCAGUUGAUUCAAAGCGGAGCGAUUCGUGGAUUCGUUGUCAUCGUGUCGUCGUCGUUUUUGUCGUUGAUUUCCGUUUGUGCAUGCAGAUAAAGCCAGGUCUUGACUAGAUUCUCGUCUAGGCCUACAAUCGAAACCGAAAACCGAACUCGGCUAAUGGAAAAUAAACAAACAAACAAGGCCCACAUUUUGUUUGCCGCGCAUUAAAAAAAAUCUAAAACCUUGCCAGCAAAACUUGGUGUUAUAAAAAUGAGUAUUACCUAAAAAAAAAACAAAAAUAUAUCAGUGCGGUUAUUAAAUACAAAAUCGUUAACAAAGCAGUUGAAGAAAGUCAACUAGAAAGUGCAAGAAAAAUUGUAACAAAACCAGGCGAAAACAAAAGUAUUUGGUGCUAGCGCAUUAAAGUGAUUUUCUCAGCGUGUGUUUCUUGGGAUAAGCGAAAAGCCAGCAAAAUUUACUGCUUUGGAAACUCCGCUCUCAACAUAAAAACCAGCACCAUCACCGAUACCGUUACCGAAACGGGCAGCACCAUCAACAUCAACACCCCCAGCGGCACCACCCACCUCCAGAUUCAGCACCACCAGGCUCAGCACCACCCCCAAAACAGUGCGAGAAUGCUGUUCGAGAAUCCGGCGGUUGCGGCCAAGUUGCCCUUUCCGUACAACGUGCCCCCGCCUCUGCAGGCGGCGGCGGCAGCAGCGGCGGCUGUCCCAAAUCUAAGGUUUCAGACACCCAUUAAAGCGUUUGCCUGCCUGACAGCAGCCACAAGGUCAGUAUCGGAGAUGAACGCCACUUCUCUAUAUGCCGGCAAUCCCAUGGAGAAUGCGGCCGCAGCCGCUGCCGCCGCAGCAGCGGGUUUGAUUGAUCCACAUCACAACCGGGAUUUGCACCAGGCCCUGGUGGCUUCGAUAGCCAACAAUGGUGUGGCCGCCAUUGGCGGUGGCUUGACCACAGCGGCGGUCUUGAAGAGUGCCGCCCAGCAGCAGCAGCAGCAAGCACAGCAACAACAGGCUGUGGUGCAACAGACUCAGAACUCGGUGGUCGUGUCCUCUGGACAGGAUCAGCCCAAACAGGAGCAGGCCCAACAGGCAGCAUUGGCGCUGCUCAAGGAGAAUGUGAAUGCCUCGGCUGGGGCAGGACAAAACAAUGGUCAGGCCGCCAUGGGGGGCAGCAACAAGAGCGGCUCCUCCGGCAGAUCCACACCCAGCCUGAGCGGAGGCAGUGGCUCCGAUCCGGCACCGGGCAAACUCUUUGUCGGCGGACUCAGCUGGCAGACAUCGUCGGACAAACUCAAGGAAUACUUCAACAUGUUUGGCACCGUCACCGAUGUACUCAUCAUGAAGGAUCCCGUCACCCAGCGCAGUCGCGGCUUUGGUUUCAUCACAUUCCAAGAACCCUGCACCGUGGAAAAGGUCCUCAAGGUGCCCAUUCACACACUCGAUGGCAAGAAGAUCGACCCCAAGCAUGCCACCCCAAAGAACCGACCCCGUCAGGCCAACAAGACCAAGAAGAUCUUCGUGGGUGGCGUCUCGCAGGACACCUCCGCCGAGGAGGUCAAGGCCUACUUCAGCCAGUUCGGCCCUGUCGAGGAGACGGUCAUGCUGAUGGACCAGCAGACAAAGCGCCACCGUGGCUUCGGAUUCGUCACCUUCGAGAACGAGGAUGUGGUUGAUCGCGUCUGCGAAAUCCACUUCCACACUAUCAAGAACAAGAAGGUCGAGUGCAAGAAGGCCCAGCCCAAGGAGGCGGUCACCCCGGCUGCCCAGCUCCUCCAGAAGCGCAUCAUGUUGGGCACCCUGGGCGUACAGUUGCCCACAGCUCCAGGUCAGCUAAUUGGAGGCCGCGGCGCUGGCGUGGCCACCAUGAACCCUCUGGCCAUGCUCCAGAAUCCCACACAGCUGCUGCAAUCCCCGGCAGCAGCCGCCGCCGCCCAGCAGGCCGCCCUCAUAUCACAGAAUCCGUUUCAAGUACAAAAUGCCGCCGCAGCAGCCUCGAUGGCCAAUCAAGCGGGCUUCGGCAAGCUGUUGACCACAUAUCCGCAGACCGCGCUGCACAGCGUCAGGUAUGCACCCUACUCGAUCCCCGCCAGCGCCGCCACUGCCAACGCUGCCCUGAUGCAGGCCCAUCAGGCGCAGAGCGUGGCCGCCGCUGCCCAUCAUCACCAGCAGCAGCAACAGCAGCAGCAUCACCACCAGCAGCAGACCCACAACGCCCAUGUGGCCGCCGCCCAGCAGCAGCAACAGAGCCACCAGCACGCCGUCUCCAACUCCGCUUCGCAGGCACACUCGGCGGCAGCGGCUGCCGCUCUGGCGGCCAAUGCCGCGAAUGGAGCCGGUGCCGCUGGAGCCCACAGCCUGGCCGCUGCCGCCCAGCAGGCGGGCUUGAUGGCCGGCAAUCCCCUGAAUGCCGCUGCUGCCGCCGCCGCCGCUGCUGCCAAUCCGGCGGCUGCCUACCAAAACUACGCCCUGGCCAACGUGGACAUGUCCAGCUUCCAGGGCGUCGAUUGGAGCACCAUGUACGGCAUGGGCAUGUACGUCUAAGACGCGGGUUUUGUUUGGUAAUUUGAAUGAAACACUCACCAUACACCAUACUCCACCACACCCCAUACACUCACUCACUCUCAUGUGAAACACCACCACCCCUAGUUGUAGUUCCAUACGAAAUCCACAUGGCCCCCAUCCAUAAAUAUUCAUAGAACCACACAGAAACACUCUCUCAUACGAAGUUGGUUUUCCUUUGAGUUUGGCUUAGUUAGUAGUCCGCAACACGGAAGGCAAAUUAAGUAUUAUAUUUAAGGAGCCCUCGGGCGAGUUCAAUAAAUACUAACUAAUAUAUAUAUAUACAUAUAAAAAAAUCAUAAGCAAUAUAAGCAACAAACAAACAACAAAAAAAAAGGAAGCAAAGCAAAGCGAAAUCGAGGAAAAACAAAAUUCAAAACCAAAAAGCAAAAAUUACGAAGCGAUAGAGAAGCAAAAGAAGGAAAACACAUUAAAAACCACCGAUUGUGAUUGCGUUUAAAUGUAGCCGUUAAUAUAUAAUUUUUAGUGCAUAAAAAAACCAUUAAACCUAAUCCUAAUUAAAACAAACAAAUAAAAAAACUAAAAGUAAAUAUAUAUAUAAAUACAUAUUUAUGAAAAGCAAGAGCAAGGAAUGAAUCUUAUAAGUUGACUCACGCUCGUUUAACCAAGAAUGGCGCUCAUUAUUUAAAAAUUAAAGAAAUCUUUAUGUUUUUGGAGCCGUAAACUCAACUGAAAUCCAUGAGAAACUACUCCUGCAAGGGCAGUAUUAAGUAAUCGAAUGAAACUGCAAAAGAAAACAUUUUGCUCAAGACAAAGAGUUAUUAAUUAAUGUUUAAACCAAGCUAACCAACUAAAGCGAUGAAACCCAAAAUGAAACUAUUAUUUUAGAGGUUUAGUUGAGUUCGAAUUUAAUUCACCCAGCAUAGAUUACAACAACAGAGUUAACCAAUCACCAACGAACAUCACCAACUCACGUACACAAACACUCGAAAACCCCAUCCCCCUAUAUCUUCUAUCUCCCUAACUCUGUUCUUUGUACUUAAUAAUAUAACUUAAAACAAUACAAAUACCACAACGAACAAACCAAAUUUCUGUUGUGUUUUGUGUGUGCGAAUCUUAUUUGAUUUAGUUUUAGAACUAGUUUAGUCUCCACUCAAUCUCAACCAUUUGUAGCAAGUAACUCAAUAACAUUUGUUGAAUAUUUUGGCAUUUGCAUAUUACUAUUAUUAUAAUUUCGACCGACAGAAAGUUCUCUGGACUAGAGCGGCUUAUUUUAUAUUUUAUAAGACAUUUAAGUGAGAACGACUCCUUAGGGCAGUGUACUAAUCUUCUAGAUUUUGAACCCUCUUUCCAAUUCGUAUUUCAUUUGCAUAACCAUCCAAGCAACUCAUGAACCAGGUAACAUUACUUUACUGUAGCUUAUUGUUUUAAAUGGCACAAUCUUAGUUCUUAAUAUUAUUUUGUAAUUACCCUUAUCUGUAGCAUUUGCAUUUGAUUUUGCAUUCGACAAAUACUUCACCCAUUGAAACCAAGAAAAACAAAUCGAAAUAAGAAGAAAACCGGAGCAGAUGCUCCUGGAUAGUUAUGUAUUUGUCUCAUUUGAAUCGCUUGCAUGUUUAAAGUUUAAUUUUAGUUACUAGUUAUCAUUUGGAAAGUAAUAAUUUGCGUAUGUAAAUAUUUAGUUUAUAUACAUUACACACACACAUUAUAUGGAAAACAAUGAAACAUUUGAAGUAAUUUUUUGUGUUUAAUAAAAACCAACGAACAAAACAACAAACAACUUUGCCAUGAGUUGAGCAAACAUUUGUGUUUUCUUAUGAUUUGAUUAAUUUGACUGUAAAUAUUUGACCACAUUAUACUGUAUUAUUUGAUUUGAUUUACCUGGUAAACCACACUCUGUAUCUGUUGUUGUGCUGUGCUGUCUUUCUCUCUAUUUAUCUGCUCCUCUCACCCAUGUGUAGAACUUAUUACAUUUCGAUGCAUUUGCCAGUACCAAAAAGUUAACGAUUGUGUGCGAUUGUGGAGAAUUGUUUUUAAUUCCUGUAGAUUUUCGCCUCGAGGGGUGAGUAUUAUGAUGUAAUAUCGUUUCGUAUACCAAAGAUUUUACAUAUUAACCAAAAUUCCAUUCACAUUUGCUGGGCUGAAUUCGAGGCUCGAGUCCCAUUUACCCAUGUGCAGAAACUAAUUUAUUUAUUUAUUGUUAACGCUUAAGACUCUAACACAUUCCACACAUGCUAUGGUGCCAUUUACUUAUCAAUAUUAAUAUUUAUAAUUUUCUUAACUCCUCUGUCAGUUCUCGAUCUCAGAACAAUUGCUUUUAGCAUAAGAUUGAUUUUACCCUGCCAAUCCAAGAAGAAUACGAAAAAUUCCUUUUUUACUACGUACACAUGUUUUGUUCUAUUGACAUAAUUUAUAAACAAACCAAAUAAAAAUAUUUAUAUUUGAUUACUGCAUUUUACAUUUAUUUAUAUUAGCCUAAAAAGCAAGAAGUCAAAAAAUGUUCUCAUAGUUGCCUAUGUUUAUUGUACUACUUGGAGAAUAAUUUACAAUUUUCGGUUACUUUUCCGUAUGCUUCAACAUUAAGUCAGAGCGACAAAAAGUCGAGCAAUUUCAUAGUUAUUCGUAUUGUAACAGUUGCAACAGUCUGAAUUCGAUAUAAACAACAAUAUAUCUCUUAUAUCCAAUGAAAUGUUUUGUUUUCCAUACUCGUACCAAAGAUAUAUACCCAAAGUAGAAGCUUGCUAAUUUUGAUAUACAUAGUAACCAGAUCGAACAUACUUAAAUAGCGCUCUCUCUAUAAAUAUAUACAUAUACAUAUAUCUAUUUUUUGAAUAUCAAUAUUAAUAGAAUAGUAGCUCGUGGUUUUAUUUCGUGACACGGGAGUACCAACCGUUACUGAGAUGAUAACACAAUCCAAAACCGCCUGGCCAAACGUCUUGUCACACCACUAAAUCGACGUCGUCUCCGCAGAUGGAUCCUCGGCCGUAAUAGACAUGGGCGACUUUUAUAAUUUAAAUUUUAUUAAUCAGAUAUAGAACAUGCCCCACUCGCUGAUUUCGUGAUUUUUUUUUUUUGGCAUGUUAAUAAACUAUGUGCCUACAUAGGCUUAUAUCAAUAAAAAAAAGAAUAAUUAAAUUGCUCAAAAUGGAGGGUUGGUUGAUAUGAAUUUUAGUAAGAAUCCAAAACUACAAGGGAAUCCAACUCCAAAAAACCACAUAAUAAUUACAAAUAAAAAAGUUACUUUCGAAAAUCUAAAAUCUAUUAUAAAGUCAAUCUAAAAAAUAUUUGAAUACUCUAUUCUUGGGAACAGAAACAAAAAGAACACUGCAUAUCAGCCAGCCCCAAACCUUCAUAAAUUUUACAAAUAGAAUCUGUAUUUUUGACUUGUUUUCGUGUGGUAUAGCGUCAUCAAGAUAGUCGGUUUUCAGUCAUUAUUUAUUGGCCCAAAAACUACAUGAAGAACUUGCUGUAAUAUAAUACCAACAUUACACACUGCGAAUUAGAUCUUAUAAUUUCGUUUGACUUGUAGGUUGACAACCAACUUAUUGAAAUACAAGAUAUUUAGAAAACCUAGUUAUUUAUUCCUAUAUAAUAGUUAUUUACACACAUUUAUGAAAAACGCAUGAUGAAACAUGUACAGUAGUCAAUUGAGAAACAUCCCUUAUAUACACAGCGGCAAUCUCCAAGAUUAUCAUCUGUCACAGUUGUACCCCAACUCAAGAUCCCAGAAGUCCCACAUUAGCAAGACAUUAGCAUUAACUACGUACAUAAUACCUACAUCAUACACACAUACAUCAUAUGACAAUAAGAUCAACUGUGUUUCAGCAUUCAAGUGUCAGUAUUCGUAAACCAAAUUACCUAACAAACUUAUACUAUGUAAUCGACAAGGAAACCAAUCCUAGGGAACCUUUUGGAUUUGGAUUCGGAUUGAACGGCGUUUUAGAAAUUGGAGUAGUUGGGUUAGGAUAGCCUUUGAAACAAGUUCUCCCGUGCAACUCAAGUGGCGAAAACUUUAUAGAUAUUUACAUGCAUACAUAGAAACAUAUAUAUACAUACGAUGAUAUUUAGCAAGACCGUGAUAUAUUCAAUUAGUAAAACAAAACAAAAAAUUCUAUAUUAUAUGUAUAUAUCAAUUAUAUAUUGAGACGUCUCUCAAAAUGUGUCAAAUUGCAUACUAAGAGUAGAAUUUUUGGUAUACCCAGGAAAACCCAGGGAAAAAACAAAGUAAACAUUUCAUCAACUGUUGUUGUGAAGGCUACAAAACAACGCAUAUCACUUUGAUGGUGUCAAAACCCAGAGUUUUCGAGUUUUACCCAAGAAAAAACCAAAUGAAUUUGUGAAAAGAGGUUUGCUGAAGAAUUCUCCAGAGAAUCUUUUUAACCAAUCAACAAAAACGAGAAAACAGCGCAAGAAACUAGAUUUCAUUUUGGAUAUGGUUUUAGAUGACCGACUACGAGUGCAUCCAAUAAUGUAUUGUUGAUUUGAGUGACUAAUGAGGACCAAAUUUUUAGCGAAAUUCAGAAAUCAGGUUUUUAGAUCCUAAAAAUGGUAAAAAUCAUACCCAAAUUUAACUAGUUUAAUUAGAGUAUUAUUAUUUGACAACCUGGAAUUUUUUGGCUUCUUGCUUAUUGUUUGGCGUUGUUAUAUUUUUUUUAUCAACCAAGCGCUAUGAAUAACACCGACACUAAUACAACCAACACACCCCCACACACUCUCAACAAGCUAGUCAAUUGAUGUGCAUAGGCACAAACUAAUUCUUUAUAAACAAAUGCAAAAAGUGGUAAGUAAAAAGUGAACAACCAACAAUAAAAUGUAAGGAAAAAUUUAAACCAAAAAUCGAACGUACACAAUAAAAACUAAAAGCAAUUAUUUCCCUUGACUAACCCUGGGAAAUAUAAAAACAACAAAACAUAUAAAUCACAUUGAAAAUGCUCUAAGAAACGUUUAAUUUAAUUUAUCUUAUUGAGAAUUAGUUGGUAAGCUUAAUAUUAAGUACAAGUGUUAAAUAAUUUCGAAGCAAUGCGUACAAAAGUAUUCUCGAUAUACUUUAUACGAACAGGCUAUAUAUUUAUCAAUUGCUAAAAUUAUAUUUAAAUGCGUAAUAUAUUAUUAAGAGACCGUGAAUGGCUACUUUUGCUCAUUUCAGAUGCUUAACGAAAUGCUAAAAUCAAAGACAAAAAAAGUCGUAUUCAAACCUAAUUUAAGUGUUAAGCAAGACAAAUUCAAAUAUACUACAAAAAGUGCAUAAAAACAAAC